GGGGCUGGUCUGUUGACAGGAAGCGUGUAGGGCGGAAUCACCACUACCUCUGUGCUUGUAGUUUAGCCUGACAAACAGAUGAUUUCACAUUCAUUCCUCGGACGUAUGUGGACUUAAAAGUAUGCGUUUUAAGAUCGACCCGGGGCAAAGAUGCAAUGGAGGUCAAUAGUAGUUGGUCUGGUUGUAUUGAGACUCUCCCUCAGCUGUGUGCUGUGGCUAGCUUUCGGACUCGGACCUAACGUUAGCUGGGGGUUCAACUUCCCACUCGGUUUCAGUUUGCACAAAUUAGACUUGUUAUUCAGGGACGAAAAAGGGAUCGAUCCGAAGGGCAACUCGUGGUCUCAACGAAUACACGGUCACAUACAUGAAGAGGCGGCGACCACCUGCGCAAAUGUUGGAGAGGAGUCAACCAAGAGAUCCUACCUGAGCUUCUUCGAUGGCAACAAGGACGAGUACGUCCGGAGAUACAGCUCCUUCCCAGACACACUGAAAGCAAAAAUGAAGGACAUGGCCAAAGACAUGUUUUAUUUCGGGUAUGACAAUUACAUGAAAUAUGCCUUUCCCGAGGACGAGCUGAAUCCCAUUGACUGUAAAGGGAGGGGACCAGACGUGCUAAACCCGUCAAACAUCAACAUAAACGACGUCUUGGGGAACUACUCGCUUACACUGAUCGACACCUUAGACACCCUACUGGUGCUCGGCAAUGUGACGGAAUUCCACAAAGCUGUAAAGCUGGUUAUAGAUACGGUAUCUUUUGACAAGGACUCAACUGUGCAAGUUUUUGAGGCAAACAUCAGGAUCCUGGGCAGCCUUAUCUCAUCUCACAUCCUGCUGACGGACCCGAAACAUCCAUUUGGCAAGGUCGGCUUUGACGAUUACGAUAAUGAGCUGCUUCACAUGGCUCAUGACUUGGCUGUCCGCUUACUGCCGGCCUUUGAGAAUACCAGCACAGGCAUUCCUUACCCCCGGGUGAAUCUGAAGACUGGCGUUCCUCCUGAUAGCAUCAACGAGACUUGUACUGCAGGAGCUGGGUCCCUGCUGGUGGAGUUUGGGAUUUUGAGCCGCUUGAUUGGAGAUUCCACAUUUGAAUGGGUAGCCAGGCGAGCCGUCAGAGCUCUGUGGAACCUGAGGAGCAACGAAACUGGUCUGUUAGGGAAUGUAGUGAAUAUCCAAACAGGCCAGUGGGUUAGCAAGCAGAGUGGUCUGGGAGCCGGUAUGGAUUCCUUCUAUGAGUAUUUGCUGAAAUCAUACUUACUUUUUGGCGAAAAAGAGGACUACAGGAUGUUCCAAGCUGCUUAUGAGAGCAUUCACAACCACAUGAGGAGAGGGAGAGAGUCAUGUAAUGAAGGAGAGGGUGACCCACCUCUGUAUGUUAAUGUGAACAUGUUCAGUGGUGAAAUAAUGAACACGUGGAUCGACUCCCUUCAGGCCUUCUUUCCUGGGCUGCAGGUGCUGAAUGGUGAUGUAGAUAAUGCAAUUUGCCUGCACGCCUUCUACUAUGCCAUCUGGAAACGCUUUGGGGCUUUGCCAGAGAGAUACAACUGGCAGCUGCAGGCUCCUGAUGUGCUCUUCUACCCCUUAAGACCAGAGCUGGUGGAGUCAACCUAUCUGCUGUACCAGGCGACCAAAAAUCCUUUCUAUUUGCAUGUUGGAAUGGAUAUUCUUCAGAGCCUUGAGAAAAAUGCCAAAGUCAGAUGUGGAUAUGCCACUCUCCACCAUGUCGUGGACAAAUCCAAAGAGGAUCGCAUGGAGAGCUUCUUCCUCAGUGAGACAUGCAAAUACCUUUACCUGCUGUUCGAUGAGGACAACCCACUUCACAAAUCCGACAACAAGUACAUCUUCACGACAGAGGGCCAUGUUGUGCCUAUAGACAGGCGCUUCAGGGAGAAACAGUGGAACGACUUGUUUCCUUGUGAAGAGGGAGUGCUGGCAGAGCAAGAGCCAAACAAGCGGCCACCACCGAGCAACACCAGCAAUUGCAACAGGAUCCCAGAGGAGCGGCGGUACACGCUACCAUUAAAGAGUGUCUACAUGAGGCAGAUUGAUAACAUGGUGGGACUUUUCUGAGCAAGAGGAUGCAUGUGGUGACAUUGAGAUGAACAGGCCUUCUGUACACCCCCCCUCAGGUGCAGAUGCGAUGAGGUUAAAAAGGAUCAUUGUUGGUCAAUAUCCUUGUCCCCUCUGUUCCGCUGCUGAGGAUCCAGACGGGGAACUGACACUAAAGGAAACCUGAGAAAUCAGAUUGAUCACUUGCUGUAUUACUCAAAAGACAAAGGUAAAAAACUUUGUUUUGGAAAAUGAGGAGUCAUGCUUCAUUUUUGCCUAGUGACGAGUUGAGACUGGGUAAGGGGAUUUUUAGAAUUGCUGGUGUGUUUUUGUCCAUUUAGGUGUUGGUUCAGGUGUGAGUGUGUAUACAUUGUUUGCGUGUGUGUAUGUAUGCAUAAUUGACAAUUACAGCUGAGCUGUGAAUCAUAUUGUUUUUUUUUUUGGGAACCGUGCCAUCUAGCCACACAUGUACAAUGUAUAGCCUAUAAAAACACUCACCUUUUAAACUAUCUCUCUAAACAUAAUGAUUAGUGCCUAUUUCCAGUUGAUUCACUUGAUUAGAUCAGUGCGUUUAAAGAAGGGCUGCACAUUAACAUACCGACAGUGAGAGAGAGGCUCAGGAGGACUCGCUGUUUUAAAGUGCCUUUUUUAUUUUUCUUGGUCUAUCUGGAUGUGUUGAAGUAUUUGUCAAGAAUUUGUUUGAGGCAACUGUUGAUAUUUGCACAAUAGAUGUCAUUCCAUGUGUAUGUACAGUUUAUGCUGAUAAUGACAUUAAGAUCCUUUUUGUUUUUAGACAUGACAAGCCAUAAAAUGUAUUUUUUUUAAUGUUAAUGAGUAAAAAUGUUCUGUCAGAUGUAUUUAGUACACAUACUCUUGUUCAGAGUAGAUGGAAGUAGCCAUUUGUGUUUCUUUUUCUGUUUCUCUGUCACAUAUUUGCACAUCAUUACUUAUUCAUUGUCAUGUGGGGAGAACUCAGGGUUGAAAGGAAAAAAAGAAAAAUCAAUUAAUGCUUUCAUAAAAAAAUAAAACUUCCUUGAAAUGUUGUUGCCUGAAAUGUCUUAGGAUAGUUUUAGUUACUUAUAUUGCAAAUCUUCCAACUUGGUUAUCUGAGGUAAAAGAAUAACUGCACUGAACUGAAGUACAGUCAUACUGUGAAUAUUCAUUAUUGCUCCACACAAACAGAACAUGUGAUGUCCCCUUAACUGUGAUGUUUGAUUCUUGUACAGUUCUACUGAGAUAUCUCUACUGGAUUGGUUCAUCUAAUACCAAACAGCCUGAGUGUCUGUAACACAGCAGAGAGCUUCAGGCUGCAUGGCUCGAUAAUGUCACAGCAUCGGCAUCUUCUUUGGCUUUGGGACACAGCUGUUCAUAUUCUCAAGUGCUUUUUAACUGCUCCAAGCCAUAGCUGACGUCACCUCAACCAUUUUGUCUUAAAUUAUCUUCAAAGAAAUAGUGAUAUUUAAGAAUUUCGCUUAUUCAUCGUCUUGCUGCGAGUUAGACAAAAAGCUUGAUGCCAUUUUGGGGACCCGUUUCACAAAUGUGAUUUGCGAGCACAGCUUUCACGCAGAUCACAAAUGUUUCUCGCUCAGAAAUUACAGAUAAAAAAGCAAGUCCUGCAGGACUCUGGCAUGCUAAUGCACUGGUGAGAAGUAUAGUUUAGGUUAGGUUUGAUUAGCACAAAACAUCCAAAAUAAUUUGCUAGUAAUUGACCUCAAAUGGCAAAUUUGGUGAAAUGGGCUCCUGUAUGGUAAAUAUGAAGCUAACCCCAGCAGCUGGUUAGGUUAUCUUAGCACAAGGACAGGAAAUGGAGAAGCAGCUAGCUUAAAUACGUACAAGAUGUAGUGUGUUAAUUAGUGAGCGUAAGAGAUGCAACUAGGUGGUUUUUGGUACUUGGACAGAGCCAGGCUAGCUGUUUACCUCUGUUUCCAGUUUUUGUGCUAAGCUAAGCUACAGCUGUCACCAGCUGCUAGCUGUAGCUUAAAAUGUACCGUACAGACAUAACUAGUAUUGAUCUAG